AUGAGAGGACAGCUCAACUUGAGAGGACAGAUCAACUUGAGAGGAAAGCUCAACUUGAGAGGAGGGCAGCUCAACUUCAGAGGGCAGCUCAACUUGAGAGGGCAGCUCAACUUGAGAGGGCAGCUCAACUUGAGAGGGCAGCUCAACUUGAGAGAGCAGCUCAACUGGAGAGGGCAGCUCAACUUGAGAGGGCAGCUCAACUUGAGAGAGCAGCUCAACUGGAGAGGGCAGCUCAACUUGAGAGGGCAGCUCAACUUGAGAGGACAGCUCAACUUGAGAGGGCAGCUCAACUUGAGUGUACAGCUCAACUUGAGAGGAAAUCUCAACCUGAGAGGACACCUCAACCUGAGAGGACAGCUCAACUUAAGAGGGCAGCUCAACUUGAGAGGGCAGCUCAACUUGAGAGGGCAGCUCAACUUCAGAGGGCAGCUCAACUUGAGAGGGCAGCUCAACUUGAGAGGGCAGCUCAACUUGAGAGGACAGCUCAACUUGAGAGGACAGCUCAACUUGAGAGGACAGCUCAACUUGAGAGGACAGCUCAACUUGAGAGGACAGCUCAACUAG